CACACCUGGGCCAAAAACACUGAACGAUGCUGAAACUCGUAAAUUUUCAGCAGAACUGUGAAUCAGCCACAACUAUCCACAUAAAUAUCAGCCACAGCCGGGCCAUGGAUAUGGAUGCAGGUGGAUCUGUAUUUCGCUGCAUAUUAUGUCGCACAAGAAUACCUCGAAUACGGAUCUAUUUCAAGCAAGAUGAAGUCAGAUCCAGGAUUCAACAUGACACUACUCCCCAUAUCUAAUUGUACCGCGAUUCUAUAGUGCAGUCAGUAACGGUCCAGUACGCCAAUUCUUUCAAAACGGAAAUGAUAUCCACAACAUUGUGAGGUGAAGUGGAAAAUCAUUUCCUGCUCUCUGUUGCGGGGUUAUCGAAAUAGGGGUUUGUGUUCAUUUCUAUACGUUCAUACGGUCUGGCCAUUCGAUCGACCCAUUGACCACUAGUUUCAUGAGUAUCAAUGUGUCCCGAGUUCUGGAUGAAGCUCCGCUCGAGCGCAUUCGUGUAAGUAGUCAACCAAUAAAGCUCAGGUAGCUUAUUAACAACCUCCGGCUGUUGAAUCUUGGUACUUACUUAACCUCCGUGAAUCGAUAGUACUUAGGCUCGCAUUCGUAUUCAAAGCUCGGGUGAGGAAUCAUCCGCAUCCGGAAACUGACUUCUACAUCUCCAAAGUAAAGUUCAGACCACAGUAGUAUCAACAAGACUUUCAUAUAAAUACCUCAAAGAUUUGAAAAUUAACAAGACGAUAUUCAACAAACUAGACUCAAACAAUCAGCAACAUCUUCGAGCAAAAUCAUAUGCAUUACAACUAAUCAACAUGGUUGACGGGCAAGGAUCUAACAAGGUAGCCAUCGUGACGGGAUGCGCAAGUGGGAUGGGGCUCGAGACAACGCGGUUGCUUUUGAGCCAUCAGUAUAAGGUAUUAGGUGUCGAUGUGAACGAGAUGAAUCAUACUCUGUUGGAUAAGCAGGACCAGGAGAUGUUUCAAUUUCAUAGAGGGGAUCUGAGUAAAGAUGGAGAGUGCGAUGAGCUUGUGAGAAUCUGUGUUGCUCGAUUUGGUGAUACCAUCGACGUUCUGGCUAAUAUAGCUGGUGUGAUGGACUCGAUGGCCUCAGCUGACAAGGUCACGGAUGGUGAUUGGGAUCGCGUCAUUGCAAUCAAUCUCACGGCUCCUACGAAACUAAUCAGGGCUGUUCUACCUUUCAUGAGAGCUAAGAAGAAUGGUGUGAUUAUAAAUCUCUGUAGUAAAGCGUCAUUAAGUGGUGCUGCGGCAGGAGUUGCUUACACAGCUUCUAAGCAUGGAUUGUUGGGUGUGACCAAGAAUACUGCAUUCAGAUUCAGAGAUGAGGGUAUAAGAUGCAAUGCUAUUUGUCCUGGGGGUGUCAUGACCAACAUGGCCAGCUCGAUGAACGCAAAAACCCUUGAUCAAGAAGCGGCCGCUGUAUGGGGACCAGUUCUCGCUUUGCACAUGAAGCCUGGCGAGAUGCCCAAUGUUGCCGUUUCAGCAAUUGCUGAAGCAAUCUUGUUCCUCGCAAGCGAUGGAGCGAAGUCUAUUAACGGUGUUGCACUUCCAAUUGACAAUGCCUGGAGUACGAUCUGAUCAAUUUGUAAUUUUGGAAUCUUUGGAGUUUGUCUGAAUAAAGAGUUAGGGGAUAUGGUAUGGGACAACCAAUGUACAACAAAAUCAUUGCUUGCCACUGAAUGAAGUAAGUUGGUUUUAUGCCCUCACUGUGGCUUACUCUCAUCGAAUUUUUGGUCAAGACUCGACGGAAAACUAUGCUGCAAGAUUUUAGGGGGCAUUUCUGUUUCUUUGAUCAUUAGUAUAUACGUAUACCCUGCCUGUCAAGAAUGCAGGAAAUACAUUUAUAUAUAGUUUGUUUUCUUAACGAUCAGUUCUUUGCUACCUCUUCUUCACUUCUUGGCUGUCAGGUAAAACACUAUUUCUCCACGUGUAAUUCUAAUAUCAGAUCUCUGGAAUUUCAAGGAAAAUC